AUGACUCGUGCACCGGUCUAUUUCGGCUUGGUUCCAAAGGAACACUGGAGCUACCCAAGCUGGAUCGACCAGGAGAAGGCGGCUAGAGAACGAGAGAAGAUGGGAGAACAAGGUAUUAUUUACGGCGACUCAGAGUCGUACCGUCACAUGUGCCGUUUCCAAAGUGGCUUUUUCUUUGAGCAUCCACUCACGUAUGAGCUUGGACUUGAAUACUACUGGCGUGUCGAGCCUGGUGUGCAUCUGACAUGUGAUGUGGACUUUGAUCCUUUCGUAUUUAUGCAAUUAAACAACAAAGCGUAUGGCUUCACCAUUAGUGUCCACGAAUUUGAGGAUACAAUCAAAUCUCUCUGGCCUGAGACAAUCAAGUUCGUUCUGAAGCAUCCCGAAUACAUUGCACCUGAUAAUGCGCGGCAUUUCGUACUGCAGGAAGAGCGCGAUUUCGCGGAGACAGAAUACAAUCUGUGUCACUUCUGGAGCAACUUUGAGAUUGGUGACCUGCGCUUCUUCCGCGGGAAGCAGUACAAGGAAUACUUUGACCAUCUAGACAAAGCGGGUGGCUUCUUUUAUGAGCGCUGGGGCGAUGCGCCGGUGCACAGCAUUGCUGCUGCGCUCUUUCUGAACCGAUCACAAAUCUACCACUUCGAAGACAUUGGCUACUACCAUGCUCCAUGGGGCCAUUGUCCAUACAAUCGGGAGAAGUUUCACAAUAAUGGGAAAUGCUCCUGCAACCCAGAAGAGUCAUUUGACCGAGAUGGAUGGUCCUGCACGGCUCUAUGGUGGGAAACGUCCUAUGAGGGUGAUCCUGUCUAG